CUCCACUGUCCACUCGGGUUUCGCGGGAGUUGGCUUUGCUUCUAAACAGGAGGGCAGACAUUGUUGACCCGCGUGUGUGGUUGUUUCAUGACUUUUUCAGGCCUACAGCAGCAACGUGUUCAGAAUGAAGAGGACGUUGUCUGAGAGGAGCAGCUGUAGAAGCCAGAAAAGAAGCUACAGCAUGGAUCAGGAGGAACUAGAUUAUCCUCAGAUUAAAAUAGAAGUUGAGGAUUCAGAAACUCUACAGAUUAAAGUGGAACAUGAGGAUCCAGAAACCAGGGACGUUGAAGUUGAUGAGGAGGAAACAGAAAUGCCACAAGUUAAAGAGGAAGACGAGGAAGUAGACUUUCUACAAGUCAAGGAGGAAGAGGAGGAACUACUAAUUCCACAAGUUAAACAGGAGGAGGAGGGACUAGAAAUUCCACAAGUUGAAGAAGAGGGGGAACGAAGAUUUCCUCUUGUGAAAACUGAAGCGAACGAUCCAGGACGUCCUCAAAUCAAAGAUGAAGAGGACAUCUUCGCCUGUGAGGACAGAAGGCCACUCGCACUGAAGCAGGAGACUGAUGACUUUCUUCAAAUGCAGAGACAAGAAAUAUCUGACUAUGAUGCUGUGCACCUUGAUGAACUGGAAGCCGCAAUCCUGCUCCCUUCUUCGAAAAAUCCCAAAAUGGCGGAACCCAUUGAUAAGCGAGACCAGCGCACUAGCAUCAGAUGUUGUUUUUUACUGGGAAAAACGGCAACAGAAACACUCACCAUGAUCCAGACCGCGUACAAAGAUGAGGCUCUGGGGAGAUCACAGGUCUUCGAGUGGUAUGGGCGCUUUAAGAGUGGUCAGAUGUCCAUCGAAGACUCGCCCCGCUCCGGCCGACCCUCCACCUCCCGCACAGAGGAAAAUGUCCGCAAAAUCGAAGCUGUGGUCAUGGCCGAUCGACGCAGGACCAUCGACGAGAUCGAGCAUUUGACGGGGAUCUCCUGGAGCUCCUGCCAGAGGAUCCUUCGUGAGGAUUUGGGCUUGAGGCGGGUCGCUGCCAAAAUGGUCCCGCGCUUCUUAACCACGGAGCAGAAACAGGCUCGCGUGGACAUGUGCCAGGAGCUGAAAAGGCAGCUGGAGGAUGAUGGAGGGCUGUUUGAGAAGAUCAUCACCGGAGACGAGAUAUGGUGCUAUGGUUAUGAUCCGGAGACCAAGCAGCAGUCCACCCAACGGCGCCAUCAGGGACCACCACGGCCGAAGAAAGCGCGUCAGGUCAGAUCAGCGAUCAAGACCAUGCUGAUCUGCUUUUUCGACAUCAAAGGGAUGGUCCACAGCGAGUUUGUGCCGCCGGGGCAAACCGUCAACCAGGACUUUUACCUGGAAGUGCUGCGGCGGCUCCAGGAGGCGGUCAGGCUGAAGCGGCCGGCGCUGUGGGAGAGCGGGGACUGGUGGCUCCAUCAUGACAACGCGCCAGCGCACAGGGCUCUGCGCGUAAAACAGUUCCUGAUGAAAAACGGCAUGGCCCUGCUGCCCCAUCCGCUCUAUUCCCCCGAUUUAGCCCCGUGCGACUUCUUUCUAUUCCCAAGAAUGAAAAAGGCACUGAAGGGCCGGAGAUUUGAUGACGUGGAAGAGGUGCAAAAAAAAUCGAAGCAAGCUCUGAAAAGGAUCUUUACGCGCGAGUAUGCCGACUGUUUUGAGCAAUGGAAAUCCCGGCUGCAGCGCUGUAUUCAAGCCGAAGGAGAGUACUUUGAAGGUGACAGUUUUGAUUAAAUGUGAAAAUAAAAAAAUAAGAAGUUAUAACCACUGUCCUGUUUCUUUUGGGUCCCCCCUCGUAUAAAUAAGCAUUUUAUCCUGGCGAAACCCGGAAGUCGCCUUGUCUUAGCACGGUCCGGGUCCUGAUCCGCCAAUGAAAUUUCGAGGUGAGGAGGGGCGGGCUUAGCACAGGCAAAGCCAGCCCCCAGCUUCCUCUACACAGAGCGUACGCGCGUGCUCAGAAUCAGAGUAGCAUUUAUUGUCAUUAUACAAAAAUUACAACGAAAUUUGGAGAGCUUCUCCUUCAGUGCAAAUAUAAUACAUUAAAAAAGAGCAUAAAUAAUACAUUAAAAAAAAAGUAACAGCAGCCUCAGUGGCAGGCAUAAAUAUCAUAGCAUGAGUGACCAGGUCGUUGUAAAUCCGACUUCAGGGUGGUGAUGGCUCUCGGGAAGGAGCUCUUUUUCAGUCUGUUUGUUUUAGUUUUAAUUCACCUGGAGCAACAGGUCAAACAGCUGGGCACCGGGGUGUGAACUGUCCUUAAUUACCCCUUUUGACCAAACUGGUUCCUGGGCCAAAUCGGAGCUAGCCCCAACUUUUGAACGGUUUUUUUUUUUUUUGUGUUCGCGCCAACCGCGGCCCUGGCUCUGGCUCCAAAAAACUUGGCUUUUGAGGCACCGCUUUGGAGGUAGGCCAGAUCAGGCCGACGGAUCAACUACGUCAGGCCCUGGGGUCACAUCUCCUCCGGCAAAACAUUUUUUAUCAGAAAGCUACGGCGGAGCAGCAUUUAAUUUAUUUUAAUUUAGCCAAGAAAUUGGUUUUAAGAAUAAGCGGUGGUCUGAUGAGGAGACCCGGGGCCUCCUGGUGCUGUGGUCUGCAGCAGAAGUUCAGGAGAAACUCGGCGGAGCGGCGCAGACCUCCUGUGAAGCGGCUCCUGCACGACUCCGUAUCCUGGUAAGUUUCAUUCAUAAAGCACCGAGCUGUUAGCCUGCUGUGAAUCUGAAGCCAGAACUGAUCCAAACUCUGAAACGCAAUAAUUUGUGUUGAUUCUGUUUCAUAGAGCUGUUGGGUCGCAGUUCACCGGGGCGUCGCCGCAGCUCAUCAGCCUUGUUAAGCUCGCCGGUACCGUUCAGCAGUUUAUAAAGGCUACUGUUACUGUAAUUAAAUUAAGGCCGCCUCGAUUUAUUUUUGAUUUUAUGGCUGUAGAUUUGUCCAAAAAAAUUGCAAAAUAGUGAGUAAUUCUACCCCUUUUUUACAAUAUAAGUUCAACUUUCAGGUUUUCGCAGUUACUCAAUAUUGGUGUGUGGUUUUGAUUGUGUAAUAAAAGUUUAAUUCCAGCAAUUUCUAGUUAAUUUAUUUCCAUGUCAUAAAAAUAUUGUUCAGUGAUAAUGGGUAUGAAAAAUGAACGACAAAGAAUUUAGAAUGCAAUUUUUUUUACAGAAAAAUUGCGAAACAAGAAAUUACAAUAAUGUGCACACACACAAAAAAAAAUCAAAUCAAACAAAUAUAUACAAAAAGUGUCCAUAGCAUGUUUUGAUGUUACACCAUGCGGUUCUGCCAGGGGACACUUCCCUCUGCAGAGUUAAAAAAGGCACUGAAUUUCUCCCGAACUUCAUAGGCCUCUCUUCUUCCAUGGUUUCCGCCCAUCAGCAAGGUGUUCCCUUCUUUCCUCUGCAUCCCUCAACCACCUCUGGUUAUCUAAAGGGUUGCAGAGGACUUUGUGUAGGAUGCAGGCAACACAACGUCAACAGUUUCAGGCUUUCAGUUGAUUCUAGUGUAGAACACCUGCCACCUUGCUGCUAGGAUGCCGAAUGCAGGAGGAAUCUGAGGAAAUAUGGAAAAAAAAAGUUAUAGAAACUCCUAAAUAAUAGGUUUUAAUAACAUGAAUAGGCUGUACAAUGCUUUUUUAAAAUUUAAUUGUGUGUAACUAAGUUUGUUUCUGUGUCACAGCUGAUGAAUGUAAGAAGAGGUGGAAACAGUCAAGGGAUGCUUAUGUGACGCACAAGAGCAAAGAAACUCCGAGCGGAUCUGCUGGUGGCAGCCAGAAAGAGUGGAGAUCACCACAUCGCCUCUCCUUCAUAGAUCCAUACUUGCAGCCCAGAAGCACAAGCAGUACUCUCCAGCCAGAGGGGCAGGGAAGAAAGAGGCGGCAGGGCCGGGAAUCCUCUUCAUUCGCUGUGUCAGUGGAGCAGCAGCUCUUUGAAAUAGUGACAGCAGAAAAAGUGAGCCCUCCCCUCCGUGUCCCCACCCGUGAGGAGGCCAUGUGUUACUACUUACAUAGUUUCAUCCCAAGGGUAAAUGCUUUGCCACUUGCCCUUCAAAAUCAAUUUCAAAUUGAACUGCUCCACCUGAUACAAAGUUUGGAGGAAGAGGCAAAGUCUUUACAACCCCGACCAACUUCAGGCACCUGGCAGCAGCAGAGAACCCAACAAACUGAGCCACCUUUUCAGGGAUAGACACCAACCUCAAGGGGGCCAGCUCAAACAAAGCCUGCCUGAGCACUCAAUCACUCUUCCCUGCCUACCCCCUGCCCCAGCAACCCCCCAACCCCCUGCCCCAGCACCACCAUCCCCCGACAGAAGAACAAGCCCAGUCACAACAUGGAGGUGUGAGGAGGCCAUCUUAUCUGCAGCAGCUGGAAGACCCCACAGCUCCUCCCUCAUACAGAAAUCUGUGACUGAUGCUGUUUAGUGCCUGUAAUUGUUUAGUUUAAGGUUUGCCGUGUGAAAGAAAUAUUUUUGGUUUACUUAGCUUUAGGUUAGUUUUGCCAUAAUAUAUUUAUAUUUGCUGUAUUUAUAUUAUUUUUGUUUUAAUGUUUGUGAAAUCAAACAUUUAAAAUAAAUAUUACAAAACCAUCUGCUCUGUGUUAUUUUGUUUUGUACGUGUGGAUCACUGGGGUAAUAAUAUAUUAAAAAUAAUAAUUAUGAUGUUAAUUACCUCAGUGUAGCAACAAGACGCUGUUGCGGAUUGAUGGCCUCUCGGAAGUUUGUGGUCAUUCUUGUAAUAUCAGCUCCAAUAAUGGACAGCAGUUCUUCCAUCUUUGCAGCGUUCAUCCUUAAAUACUGGAGAUGGCGGGCACUGUCAUGAUGAUGGAAAACACCAUGCUGCUUUCUUUUUAGAUUUAUAGGAUGAACCCACAAUCUCCUUCUUUGUCGUCGGAGCCUGUGCAGCAACAAGUAGAGAGCCAGAACUCUCCUUCUCUCCACAACAGCACGCACUAGGGAACAUGAGGAGAAAAUACCACAUUUUUACUUAUUUUUACAUAAUUGUAGCCUACAAAAUCAGACAGAUUAGUCCGUUUAUACACUUAUUUAUGACAGAGCCAAUAGCCUAGAGCUAAGGUUACAUAAAAACAGUGGUGUAAACAAUCUCUCCAAUUCAUUCGGUGUUUAUAACCCCUAUAGAAUCAUUAAAAACACACGCGCAAUACAUGUACAGACUUAAAAAAGGGUCAUUAUGUUAUGACGUUAUAAAACCGAUUCUAAAUAUUGACUUACCCAUGUUUAAAAUGCUCUUUAAAUGUGAAAAGCGAGAGCAGACGGAUCCAUCCGAGUACAGUCGAUGUGUGACCAGCGCGGAGAGCGCAGGCAGCGGAUACGCCUCCAAUACGAACAGCCAAGCGCCUGCAUGGAGAUGUUCGCGGCGCGUGUGGCGCUUCCGCGUCCAGUGCGUUCCUGGCGUUAGUCAAUGCGGCCUCGAGCAUGCAUUUACACUCUGUGUAGAGGAAGCUGGGGGCU